UUUAAACCUCUUAUCAAACAGCAGCAUGUGAGCGAGACGAGAACACAAACAACAAUGCUAUUUGAUCUCAUUUUAAAAGAUAAGCAAUGAAGUCUUUGUGGUGAUUACGGGGGCAGGAUGGAUAAUUUCCGCGGACCGGUAAAAACAGACUGUGAAGAACUACUGGGUCGUUUUCAAGCGACCGAGUCAGUUCGGUACGAGCAGUUUGUAGAGCUCUGGAGAGGCAUGGACUUCAGCAGCAUCUUCCAUGGUAAACCGGAGCCAAAUGAGAGAAGGCGCUUUGCUCGUGUGAUUCUGUCUGUGGUGGCUCCAUACUUUUUUCCUCCCUACACGUUCCAGAUCAGAGUGGGGGGCCUUUAUCUGCUGUACGGCCUCUUCAACACACAACUCGCCACUCCCAGAGAGAAGAUUCGCAUCUCUCUGAAGGACUGGAAGGAUGUUAUGCAGUUUCAGAAGGAUGCAUUGAAUGCUAAACAUUACGAUGUGAUUUAUGUCUUCAGAAAGCUCUUGUCCGAUAAAGCUUUCUACUUCACAGCCAUGCCAACACCGCUCAAUUUCAGGAUAAAGAGGGAAGAUGGAAGGAAGAGGAAAAUCUGUGAAGAGUUUGUUGACCCGCCAUCACGUCCUCAGGAACUCGUCACCACAGAUGUACUAGAGGAAAUUGCAAAUGUCCAUGAGCAUUAUGAAGGUGUGAAGAAAGCCGUUUUCACUGAACCAGACCCAAACCUGAAUAUUGUACAACAAAACCUGGUUCCCAAACUAAACAGUGCCGUCUUCACUUAUUCCAGCUGGCAGAUGAAUCGUGCAACAUCUGAGCUGCAGGAUGCUGGAGAGGGACCUUCAAAUCAAGAAAGCUCCAGCAGAGCCCAGCUGUUAGCGUCAAUCAAAUCCAAAUCAUAUGGACAAGUUAUAGAGGCUUCCAAGUCCCGACGUCACAGACAGGCAGAAUUGGUCCCAGCAGCUGGAUCAGACAUUUCACCAAAGGUGUCAUCAAAAAAGAAAAGAUUCCCAUCACUUAAAACGCGCACUCAGUUACGCUUCAGAACUCAGGGAAUUGAGGAUGAGGGCUCGAAUUUGACCCGGCUGUGGUGUUUGAGUGCAGUGAAAGAAGAGAUGGAACCAGAAAAAAAGAAGAAAAAAUUCAACUGGAACCCCGACAAGAGCAGCGAUCCCACUUAGUAUUAAGCAGCACCAUCUGGAUGGAGUGUGAUUGGUGGGCCGCCCAGUGUUAAAAGCUAAUGGGAUUUGUGCUCUGAGCUCCCGUUUCAUUUGAUUUGUUUUAUGUAAUUUUAAACGUUGCUGCUUUUGGGUUAAAAGGGCAGUGAAUGUAAGUUGCUUUUAAGACAGCUAUUUCUUUUUUUGUUUUUGUAUUUUAGUAUUUGGCAUCAGAAUAUGUGAUAGAUAUACAUUUUAGACAAUAAUUGUUUAUAUAAAAAAAGCUAUUUGUUUACUGUUCUUUGAUAGUUUUUACAUUAACAUGUUAUUAAGCAGCUAUUUAAAAUGGAUAGUUUUUUAAGUAUACUUUGUUGUUUUAAACCAUGUUAACGAUUUUAUAAUUCAGAAUGUAAUUUCUGUAAUUUCACUUUCUUCCUGUUGUAUUCGUGCCAGCUAAUACAUCUCACACACUGAGAAACGA